AGAAAUAUUUAUUUUACCUCGCCUGUAACAAGGUAUCGAGUGUACCUCGCGAUCGUAUCGAGGUAUCGAUUCUCGAGGUCGCUGGCUAAAUAUCUAUCCACAUUCUUCCUCGACUUUCUUCGAAUUUACUGGAGAAACAAUUUCUCUGACUGAAAAUUCUCUCACAAAUUCUAUUAGAUAAAGAUCGUUUACACAUUCAAUUUCUCAAAAAGAACAGUUCAACCGAGAGGCAAUCAUGCUGGCUUUGCUCGUCCGCGGCGUCUUUCUCAUUGGUAUACUCACCUGGUACAGCACCAGCGUGUGGAAAAUGAUCGACGGCUACUUCAGGGAUCAGGUACGAAGCUACCUGGAGGAAGAGUAUCGAAAGAAUCCGCGAAUGAAGUCUGACGUGCACGGCGACUCGGUCGAUAACGUCGAUCCCGUCCUUGCCACGCCACGCCCAGAGGCGACGGUGGCGCCACGGGAGAUCCCCCAAGUCACGGAAACGGAGGCGCGUACGGUCGAAGCGGCGGAUAACGAUACGACGAGCGUGGUCGGAGAAACGAAUGAGGAGUUGCUGGUGACAGGUGGCACUAGUGAAAACGAGGACGCGGGGGGAUCCACCGAUAAAAAUGCAUUCCUGGGAACGGUGGCGGAAUCGGGGCUGGAAAGUAGGAAGUCGUCCGAGGAGAACGUGGAGAAUUCUCGCGAAACGAUUAAUCAAGAGGACGACCGUGACCUCGAACGUCGCGGGAAUGACCAUUGUCAUCGAUCAGUCUCACAGGAGUCUAAGAGCUCGCGGAAGAGAAUUAAAUACGAGAGGAGGCCGACAGCGGUCCCUAGGGACAUUUCGCGCGAGAAUCAAUUGCCGAGAAGGCGGAACGUGAGGACGAUCGUGCUGACAGAAAGGGACUUUAAGUCGGUCACGAAGAAUCACGUCUCCGACGAUGAGUUCUGGGAGUUCGAGGAGGACGCGUGCGAAAAGGAGCCACUGGAGGGUAUUCCGGUCUCGCAGCUACCUUUCAAGCCCAGAGCAGAUAUAGGGGAUUUGGAUAGAGUCACCGCUGACGAGUAUUGUCCUCUGACGUUGGAGGACGAAGCGUCUUGCGGCCAAACGUUCACGUGGUUUUAAAAAUGUAUCACUAACGAACGGGUAAACGCAAGGUGCGUUUGGUAGAUCGUAAAGCUUCUGUUUUCACGCGGACCUGCGGUGAAAAGACGAAAUACCAAUUCUCAAGGGUACGCUCGCUGGAGAUGCAAUUAUGGUAAUUUCUUUUUUUUCACCGACUUGGUCAAUUGUGUAAUGAAA